AAAGGGCCAAAGGGCCAAAGGUACCAAAGGCACGGCAGGCACAGUGGCAGAUACAGUUACUACCUACGGUCGUUGCGGAAUUACAUAGUACCGAAAAUGCCAAGGCUCUGACGAUUGCAUAAAACGAAACCCCAAAACAAUAUCCUUAAUUAUACCCAAGAGGAGGGACAGCACCCCUUGAGGUUAUGUCUCUAAGGAGGCCUUUUAGUGAAGAGGAUACAGGACCGCUUCUGACGUUAGGAGACCGUGUGGUGUGGUUGUUUGAACAUGGGCCUGAACAUGGCUGGGUUCGUUGGAUUGGUCGAAUUCCUGUUGUUUCUUCCAACUGGACCAUUGGCGUGGAAUUUGAUAAUCCUAUUGGAGCAGGAGAUGGAAAAUUUGGUGGGAAGCGCUACUUCUAUGCCAGAAAUGAUCACGCCUACUUUCUGCCAAACUCAAGUUUGCUUCGUGCUUGUGACUACAACAGUAGUUUCCGAAAACAAAACUCUCUUGGACAAUCUAUACCAGGUCUUCAAGCAAAGAUGUUCACCUUCCCCCAUCAGUACAGUGUGGCCAAGUAUCCCUUUCCUGGCUCUACAAAAGGUGUUGAAGCCACCCACUUAACUGCAGCCCAUCUUAUCAGCUCCUGCAGCAGCAGGGAGCAUGGUGUGUGUGGUACUAGCAAGCUACACCAGUCCCACUCCACUCAUGCACAGGAUGAGCCCAACUUAUCAGAUUAUGACAACUGGCUAGAUGGCAAGGAUCCAUGCAAUGUGCAUGUCAAGUCCUGGAAAAGCAGCAGCACCCAUUCAGUGGUGAGCUGUCCACCUGUGCUACUCCCCAAGAUGCUUGUGACACGUGAGCAGUCCUCAAGCUCAGACAGUGAUGUUAAUUUUGGGAGCCUGCGUUCUCUUAUGUCCUGUUUUACGUUGGGCUCGCAUCGUAAAAAGAAGCGCAGGAAGAAGAAGAAGAAAAGCCAUCGUCUGGUGAUUGUGACAGGCUCAGACAACAGCAACUACUGCUGUCCUAGUGGAAGUGUGUCUGCUGCACAAGUGCGACAACAUGUAUGUGAGGGUGACAUUCAGCAUUCUGCUAAGAAGUAUGGUACAAAGGAGCUGCCUUGUAUAUCUAGUGGUCCAAAGGCCAUCUGGAGGUACUCUCUGCAGGAACAGGACAUGCAGAAAAAUGACGCUUCUUGCAAAGAACCUGCCGCCGUGGAAAUUUCAGAGCAAAAGGCCCCACCAAAGCUCCCACCAAAGACCUGUACCAGAAAGAAACGCUUGGCUCCACAGCCUCCUGGUGACAGUAUUACCCCAACUGGGACACUACUAAGAAAACCUUUGCCACCAGUGGCUGUUCCUUGUAGCUCAUCUUCACUCAGCACUGACAGCCUAAGCUUGACCCGACGGCGAUCUCGCAAAAAGCCUGCACCUCAGCCACCAAGGCGUGAUGUCUGGCAUUCUAUAGCCAAGUCAGGAACUCUUCCAAGUGUAGUAGAGAAAGGACUAUAUGCCAAUGAAGCCACAGUGGAUAGCAAAGCUGUGCAUAACUUAAAAGUGCAGUCACUUCCAAAGGCUGAUUUCAAUGUGUCUGGCGCUUCUGCUGUUCAUCCUUAUUUGCUUGAAAGUCAGCAUGGCCAACAAGCUGAAAAAAGACAAGAAUAUGGAAGAAAUUUAGCUGACUUGGUAGUCAAGCCGGACCUCCCUGUUAAAACUAUUCCGAGUCCUUUUACCUAUGUAGGUGAUGACAGUGCUGAGGCUACUGGAUGUGGUAGCUCUGUUAAAAACAAGAGCAUUAAUGAAAGUCAAGGUGCCAAACUGUUUCAUGAGAAAGACAAGCCAGCUCUCAUCAGACCAAUGGCUUCAGAAGGGGAAAAAAGCAUUGUUCAGCAACCUCAAGCCUCAAGCAUUGUUCUCCAGCCUCAAGCCUCCAAUCGUGAAGUGAGAUCAUCCACUUUGCCACCUACAAGGCAGUGCCCUCCUAUUUUAGAAGAGGAGGAACCAUAUGCCAGCACUGCAGUAGGUGGAGAGUCCAAUAACUUGGAAUCUGUAUUGAAACGUAAUUCAAAUGUGUUUGAACUGUUGGAUGCUUUUAGCAAGCUUGAAUCGAAUUCUGAUGAGAUGCAAAAGGACAGUGAGCCUGAGUCACCAAAGCACUCUCGAAAGCAGGGGAAAUCUCUGAAGUCGCUCUUUCAGAAACACCCAGCAGAUGCCAGCAAAGUUGUCUCUACAAAAUGGACAUAUACGCCUAUGGAAUCCAAGAAAGAUAAUUUUUUGACCGCUUCAAAGCCUGGAUCUCAUGUUACUGCAACACUUGAAGAUAGGGCAACAGCAGAUUCCAAGACUGAAAACAUUGAUGUGAGUUUGUGGGAAUAUGAGGCAAAGUGCGUGAAGAACCUGCCAUCUCAGUCACCUUUGAAUACACAAUUGGCAUCCUGUAGAAUGAACCUCAAGCCUGUCAGCCAUUCUCCUGACUUUGGCAAUGUGUUUUGCAAACUGCGCCCGCAAGCAAGUAGCUCUUCUCCUGGAAAUCCACCUUGGAAACACCAACAGCAAACUGUGAAAAUGCUGCCAGACGAACUAAGACCAAGUGUCUCAGAGCUGCCAGCUGUGGAGGCUAAAAAUAAAACUUCCGGAGGGAAGAAGGAAGGUGGAGGAGGCUUGGUUGCCGAAACUGCUUCGUGCGCAGACGCAGCUGCCACUGCUGCAUGCUCACUUGAAGUGAUGGCAGGCAAGGCCUCUCCUGUGUCGUUACCCCAGGUCUCAACACAUGCCAAUGCUCAUACGAGUUCAGGAAGGCAGCGACCACCUGUGCAUCCAAAUUCUCCAACUGCUCUUAUGCAAGCAAAAUUACCAGCUCUAUUUCGGCAGCUUGAAGAAGCAAUUAGCAAAGGGGAGCAUGAUAGAGCUGCGAUUUUGGCGAGGGAGCUGGCUAUGUACAAGGUGUCCUGUUCUCUACGACGAGUCCGGAAAGUAGCACCAGACCCUAAGCAGUUUAUAGUAAAAAUGUAUGUGGAAGACAGGAAGUCUCAUGUUGGUCCAUUUUCAUUGCCAGUCCAUCCAGAGAUGACUGUGAGCAAUCUUAAGAAAAAGGUUGAGACUGAGUACAACAUUCCUGCAAGGGUUCAGCGAUGGAUCCUGGGCAAAAACCUGGCCACUGAUGAUGGGGCUACGCUGGAACACUUUGGUGUGAGCCACAGUGCAUGCCCUGUCUUCCUGUACCUGGUGAGCCCAGCAGAGGAGCUAAGGGCUGAAGAGGUCAUCCGAAACAGGUGCUGGAAGCCCCCAGAUAGUGUUGCUAGCACUGAAGAAGGUGAAGAGGUGGCAAGUGCAAUAGCCAGAAAUGAACCUUCUGAUGCAUCAAGUACUUUGGAUGCUCUCCUCAAUGACCGUGCAGCAGGGUGGACAUGUCAGCUGUGCGGUAUAAAUAAUACUGAACCAGGCACGUGCGCAAUGUGUGGUGUUGCAAUGGUUGUGGAUGCAAGUCACCAAAGCGCGGGUGCUGACCAUAAUGUUGAAGCUGCUCUUGCUCACAAUACUGAACCCAGUGAAACACAUGACCAACUUGAAGCCAGUAACGGUCCUGCUCAAGUUAACUUCCCUCUCAACAAGGAGGAUGCAAGCCAUGUUGAGGAACCGGAACAAGCUCCUUCACCACAAACUUUAUUGCCCCAAGACUACAUGCGGCUUGUCGAACUUGAUGAACAAGACUUGGUACCAAGCAUGGAAGCAUUUGAGUGUUCAGUUUGCUUUCUAGGCAUAGAGCCUGGCCAAGGGGUCCUGUUGAGGGAUUGCUUGCAUAUGUUUUGCAGAGAGUGCCUAUCAAGUUCUGUUCGCUAUGCUGAAGAGGCUAUGGUAAAGUGCCCUUUCAGAAACAAUGAAUAUUCGUGCAGCAGCCAUCUGCAAGAAAGGGAAAUCAGGGCGCUGGUGAGCCCGGAGGUAUACGAGCACCACUUGUCACGUAGUGUGAAGACUGCCGAGAGCCAGGCACCUAAUAGCUUCCAUUGCAAGACCGCAGACUGUCCUGGCUGGUGCGUGCUGGAGGACAACGUCAACACGUUCAUGUGUCCUGUGUGUGGCCACUCAAACUGCCUCACUUGCCGAGCCAUUCACGAGGGCAAGAAUUGUCUCCAGUACCAGGACGAACUAGAUUUUAAUGCCCCCGAUGGCCAGGAGGCAAAGCAGACUAAAGAAUAUUUAGAUAAUAUGGUAAAGGAAGGCCAAGCAAUGCACUGCCCACAAUGUCGUGUUAUUGUCAUGAAAAAAUGGGGUUGUGACUGGCUCAAAUGCUCUGUGUGCCAGACAGAAAUCUGCUGGGUUACUAAAGGUCCGCGAUGGGGACCACAGGGCAAAGGAGAUACUUCUGCUGGCUGCAAAUGUGGAGUGAAUGGAGUAAAAUGCCAUCCCAAGUGCAAUUACUGCCACUGAUCUUUGCACAUCAAGUGAAACGAGUGAGAGAUGUUAACAUUGAAAAUAGGACAAGUUGGACAAGACUGAUACUGCACUAUUUCAGAGAUCAGCAUUUUUGGAGAAUUUCUCUAGUCACUUGAUUAAACUGGAAGGCAAUGUUUGUAAUGUUGAUGGAUACAAUAAAGCUGUAAUAGCUACAACUAAGAAUGU